GUAGCCAAAUGGGAUGUGGGAGGAGGGGUAAGGCCCUGCUCCUCAGAAGUAAGAGAGGAUAUGGAAUCCCAAACGCAGAGUAACUGCAUUUCACAAGACGGAAGUCCCGGGUCUGAGGGCAAAUCCAGUCGAACUGCUAGGACUAAUUUAGUAGCUGAGACUAAGGAAUUAUGUGAUGUCAACCCUAGCUGUGUAAAGUCCCAUUCUGUGUACCCCAAAGUAAAGACACCUCUUGAAAAUUGUGUUCCCCGAAGGCAGACAUAUGGCACCAGUUCUUUGGCAAAGACCCUCAGGGAGCACCAGACUCGACUCAAUAAAUGCCUGAGUUCUGGAACCAGGUUUGCCCAGAGUUCAAAAGGCAUUCCUCAGCCAUCGCCGUAUCUUACGAUUCUAAAUGAACUCUUCAAGCCAGAGAGGCUAACGAACUUAGAAAACCAGGUAAAAAGCAGGACAGUCGAGGCCCUGGAAAGCCUGAACAGAAAAAUAGAAGAGGCCAGGCUCCAGGAGGGGCGCCUGCUGCGAGACAGCAGGCUGCUGCUACGCGAGGCUGUCUGUGUGGAAGCUGAGAAGAACUCCUUCUUGAGAGUCCUAAGGAAGCAAAGUGAGCAGUGUAAAAAGAAACACGAGCAACUGUGGAAUCGGUACGUUCAGGAAUGUGGGGAGAUUAUUCGAAAGAAACAAGAACUGACGGUCAAGUUCGCCCAGCAAACCAAAGAGCUUCGAACACAGCUCUUGCAGGGAAAAAUCAAGCAGUCCCUGUUGGGGAAGCAAUUUCAGUCAAUGGAGAACAUCUCCUCCAUAAAGAAGAGCCAGGAGAUGAAAAUCCAGAUGUUAGAGAAGGAGCUGGAGGACAUGAAAGCCGAGAUGGUUCAGCAGGACCACCAGGCACACUUGCAGUUCCUGCAGCAAAAGACACACCUAAUGAGAGAGACACAGGAACUACAGUCACUGCAGGCAGGAGACUGUGACACCCCGGAGGUUAGGCUGAAAGCCCAGCUCUUCCAGUCCACAGCCAAGAAAGUGAACUCGGAAUUUUGCAUUAGUGUCUGCAGAGAGAACCUGGAGCUCCAGGAGGACCUAUUGAAGCUAAUCCGGGAGUUCCACAAGCUAGAGUCUAUAAAGAGGAAAUUAGAGACGUGGAAAGAGUGGUUGAAGGAGGAACAGUGGUAUCGAGAAGCCUUAGUUAGGGGGAGAGGGCAGCUUAAGGCAAAGAGGGAGAGAAGUUAUACUUGUGACCCUUGCCUCCCAAACCAGGGUGUCCUGAGGCCACAUUGA